AUGCAAAGCUCCUUCGCGCAAGAGAGAGCUCGCACGAAAGCGAGGAUGAGGAAAACAAGAUGUGAUCCCAAUUUACCACGAUGCCUGCCCUGUGAGCGUGCCGGUGCAGUAUGCGAGUACUUCGAUACAACGAAAGGCAAAAAGAUCUCUAGGGCAUAUGUGAUAAGGCUGCAAGACAAAGUUCGGGCAUUGGAGACGGAACUGAGUCAAUUGCUUGAAGAAGAAGGAAAUCCCCCAAACUCGGAAGAUAUUGUACGUCCUGGAGGUUUGAUUCGACUUAGGGAAGAUGACGAAACUCCACGUUACCUGGGUCCUUCGAGUGGGAUUGCGAUGACUCGGAUAGUGAUGGAAGAGGCAAAGAAAUAUACAGAUACCAGGAGUAUACGAGAGCUCGUGCCUGAAGUGCGCCAACGUCGAACUCCUGCACAAUCGCCAGAGGCAGUAUCGGAGCGAAAGAAAUCUUAUCCUAUGAUAUCUGCUGUACCGGCACCAACAUUACCAAGCCGCCUUGUGACCGACAAAUUGGUGGAGUUAUUUAAUCAGAAAGCACAGUACAUGCUCCCUACUUUACACGAGCCUACAUUCGCCAGGAAUCUUCAAGAAGUCUAUGAUGGAGAUACGGACCCAUAUAAAAACUUCGUACUUCGUAUGGUCCUAGCGAUAAGUAUGCAGAAGCUGGAUGCGCAGUAUGCUGGCCUUGCUGACAGCUACUAUCUGGCUGCCAUGGGAUACAUUGAAGAUGUAAUAAGACCGAAAGACAUCAAGACACUACAGUGCCUCGUUCUGAUCGCUCAAUACUCAAUGCUAACCCCUACCCGUACCGCUAUUUACUACAUCGUGGGGCUUGCCACGAGGUUGUGCCAACAGCUAGGCCUGGCGGAAGAGAAGACAAUUACUCAAGGAGUAUCGCUUGGCUUAGUAGACCCACUACAACUUGAUAUGCGACGAAGGCUGGCUUGGAUUGUCUUAUCUAUGGAGUUUGGUUUAGCUCAGUCGAUGGGGAGGCCUAAUGCUUUCGCAACUGGGAAGGACCAUUUGGACAUACAAUUUUUUGAAACAGUGGACGAUGAGUACAUCACUGCCGAUGGCAUACUUCCUGGUCCAAUGUCGGAAAAAAAGCGCCUAGCCAUCCACUUCUUUCGAAUGAGAUUGUUGCAAGCGGAGAUCCGGAGGACGCUCUAUUUGCGGAAAAGAGACGAGCCAAAGAACGAGGACCAUCCUUGGUAUGAUCAAAUGGUUCAAAAGUUGAAGGAUUGGCUCGAGUCUUCUCCUGAAAAUCCUUCGUGGAGCAGAAUUUGCAUAAUGCGCAACAUAACAACACGUAUCAAACACCACCACAAUUCGGACACGUUUUCAACCAAACGCCGGAGCAAAUACCUUCAUAUGACUACAGCCACCCUUUACCUCCGGUCCAACCUUCUUUUCGGUCCAACUCAAUCUUUCUACUUUCCUCCAGAAUUCACACAGCCACAGCAGCCGCAGUCUUAUCCUUUGCCUUGGGCCCCUGCCUCAAACCCACAGCAGCAUCAAGUACCAGAUCAAGUAUCAUUACCACCCAUGCAACAUCCAUUGGUAACUAAUGUAUCCUAUUUCUCGCCACCUGAAUACUACAACUUUCCACCCCACUUGUUCUCACCGGACAGCUUCGAUAUGGGAGUGAGGACGGGUAGUCUGAGUCAAGAGCAACAAACGGAAUUGAUGCACAGCUUAGAGACUGAAGGGUUAACGGAGAUUAACAACUUUAUGAAUCACGUCCCACAGUAUGAGCACCCCAUCAAAUAUGAGCAACAAUUUACUUGA